AUGUCCGCCCAGCGCACGCUCCAGCGGUCGCCCAGCGCGCCGAGCGUGGUGGUGGAACGACCCCGGUCACGUUCCCGCUCGCGCUCUCGUCCACGAACCCCCGGAGCCGCACCGGCGCAACCGUCGGCUCAGCCACCAAUGCUCACCCAUGUCCACCCGUGCUGCGCACCAACUCACAUUGCCACUGCGGCCCAUGCAGCUGUUGCGCAUGCUGCGGCAAAUUCGAGCGGUCUACCAUUUGCCGCCAGUGCUGCUGCCGGUCUCCAGCAGCCCAUUUACGUGCUGUCGGCGGACGGAUCGCAGCUGUGGCUUGUGGACCCGUCCAAGCCGCCUGGAAACGAGGAGCCGCCACCAUACAUGCCAUUCUCGGCCCCAGACGCAGACGUUGAGGCUGGCAACAGCAAUGAGGGCCCCGUGGCCACUCGGCAUCGAGCAUCGACGUUUUCUGGUCCAGUUGGACUGACCCCACUUUCGACAUUCCCCGAGGCGUCGCCCGUUUCACCUGGCGCACUGUCCGUCGGAUCGCUGUCCCUUCCGUCAACGUCAACGUCGACGUCGCCGCCACGGUCACGACAUGGUUCGUCGUUUGGACCCCUGUCGCCGCGCCGGAGACGUGUUGUUGUGCCCGACGAGACAACGCCCCUCCUGGCCGGAGCUUCGGCCAGCACUUCGUGGUCAUGGGGUACGAUCUUUCGCGGUCACCACGACGACGGCUCCACACGAUGGCGUCGCUUUUGGCAUCCCAUGAACGACAGCGCAUCCUGGAAGGCAGUGUUGCAUUUACUAGUCCUCAACUUUCCCUUUAACCUUCUCAUCUGGCCGUUCCUCCUUGCCGGCACGCUCGUUGGCACAGUACUCCUGAUCACCCUCCCUAUCGGUGCAUUGUUCUGGUGGGUCACCCUCAUCAUUGCUCGUUCGGCCGCCAAAUUGGAAACGCGCAUGCAGGCAAGGUUCCACGGGCCACUGCGUACGCCGGCGUUCCACCCCAUCUUCCACCGCGUCAUCGAGGUACGGGAACCGAUUCAAGGCGAGGAACCCCAGAUCGUCUGGGAUCGCCGCUUCCUCAAGUGUUCGUGGGCCAUGUUCUGCGACCACUACUCGUACUCUGCGCUCGCCUACUUUGUUCUCAUCAAGCCGCUGGUCGUGCUCUUCUCCACCAUCGUUCUCGUGGCGCUCUUCCCCAUCGCCCUUGUCCUCAUUCCCCUCCUCCCCAUUUACCUCCGUGCCGCACGCGUCUGGGGCAAGUAUCAGGCGCACGUCGCCAUGGAGAACCUCUAG